GUACUCUCAACAUUAAUGUUUUUAACCAUUAUGAACAGGGACUGAAUUUUAUGAACUGCCUACUGUCGGUUCAUUCAAACCGCCCGUUAAAAGUUGAAGAUAAAAUCGGAAUUUGAAUGGGUGAUUCAAAUUUGAACCGGCCCGGCGGAAGAAAUGUUCCUCAUCGUCCACUGUUUUUUGUUCCUCAACAUCCUACACUCUACACAGGCAGAAGUUGAGACUGUUCAGUCUGCAGCAGAGGAAACGAAUGAAGAUCCAGCCUUUGAUGUAGGGUUCGGAGUUGCCAAACACUUCAUGCCUUUACCUAACACGGUGGUCGGAUCUCACUGCGCCUGGAAACUUCGGCUUAAUAGUGUUCCUAACAGAAUACCAGAAACAAUAACAGAGAUAUUGUGUCGAUCAGCCGACACCAACUGCGGAGGAUCCCACUUCUACGGCUGCAGGCAGAUGAAGUCAAAGAUUUUGGUUGGAUACACAGAACACUAUGGCAACGAACAGUUCUCCAGAUUAAGAACUAUGCGGAAUGUGACCUUCAACAUCGGCUGCAGCUGUGUAUAUAGAUCCCCGGUUUUCCUGGAGAAUAUAAGCAGCGGACCUAUGGAGAAAAGAGGGGGAAGAAGAAACAAUAGAAACCAACUCGCGCUUCAGGAAUAUCCUUUGUCUCGCCAUGAAAUGAAAAGAGGCGGCUCUAAGGUUCAGAAGGCCCCAAGAGUACAGCAGGUCCAAAGGGGUUAUGAGGUCCAAAGUGUUCAGGAGGUCCAAAGGGGUUAUGACAUCCCAACUGUACAGCAGGUCCAAAGAGGUUAUGAGGUCCCUAGGGUACAAGAGGUCCAAAGGGGUUAUGUGGUCCCUAGCGUACAGGAAGUCCAAAUAGGUUAUGAGGUCCCUAGGGUACUGGAGGUCCAAAGGGGUUAUGAGGUCCCUAGGGUACAGGAGGUCCAACUAAUGUACCCUUUUAUAAGUUCUGUUGAGACCGAGCCUAGUAGAGCCUAGUAUCCUGGAGUAGUAUCCUGGAGCCUAGUAUCCUGGAGCCUAGUAUCCUGGAGUAGUAUCCUGGAGCCUAGUAUCCUGGAGCCUAGUAUCCUGGAGUAGGGGAAGAUCUGAACCUGAAUAAUGGAGAUAAACUUUAUCUGCUCAUUCUUCAAGAAAUGGAAAAAUCUUAAAUGUUGUUAAAUUUGAAACAAAUUCUACAAAGGCUGGGGUAGAAUUUGAAUUGUGAGAUCAAAUUAUGACAACAACAAUAAAUGAUUGAUCAAUAUUUUAAACAACUAUAACAAAUUUUGUUCAACAUUUUUAUUUGUUAUUUCCAACAUUAUUCGGUGAUAAAUAUAAAAUAAAACAGUAUUUUAGAAGUAGAUAGUUACUAAGAUUAAUUUUGCUUAAAAAAUACAGACAAUAAAACAUGACCAUCGAUCUUCGAGAAUGGUAAAAGUUAUCAAAGAUAACUGCACUAACAUGACAACUGCACUAUAUAACAUGAUAACUGCACUAUAUAACAUGAUAACUGCACUAUAUAACAUGAUAACUUCACUAUAUAACAUGACAACUACACUAUAUAACAUGAUAACUGCACUAUAUAACAUGACAACUGCACUAAAUAACAUGACAACUGCACUAUAUAACAUGAUAACUACACUAUAUAACAUGAUAACAGCACUAUAUAACAUGAUAACUGCACUAUAUAACAUG